AACACGUUUUCGCGAAAAACGCCCGCUAGAGGAAAGCGUGGGGCAUAAAGACGUAUGAGUUAGACGGCAGGACACACCAUCCUUGAGCGCGCUAUAAAAGACAUCUGCCAAGUCAGAAGGAUACCUGCAAAAGACAGAUGGCUGCACUCAAGUGGUUAUUCUCGUGCGUUCUUUUGGCAAACUUUUCCACGUGCCAAGAAAGCUCUUGCGGUACCAAACGUAGCAAGGCGCAACCCGGAGUGGAAUGGCCGUGGACCGUCGCCAUCAUGGAAUAUAACUUCGGAAAGAAGUAUCUCUGCGCUGGGACACUGAUCAGUAACAAGCAUGUUAUGACAGCUGCACACUGCUUCGACGGAAAGUCCACGAAUCCACGGCGCUACACGGUACUUGUGGAGACGACGGCUACGACAUCUGGAACCGAAUACAAAAGCCAGAAAAUUGACUUUCACCCAACAUACAUAAGAGGAACUGCGUAUGGUGAUAUCGCGAUAAUCACCCUGAGGUCAGAAAUUCCCGAAGUCACAACCCCAAUAUGUCUUCCAAGUCCAGAUGACUCGUUCGACUUUAAGCCUGCUUUCGUAGCGCAGUGGCUGCCGAACACACCAGAUCUCAGCGGACCUUAUCAACUACGAAUUCAACGCGUCCUCAUAUCCGCCAACGAUGUGUGCAAGACCGAAUACGCUUCUCAGCAACUCAAGGAGCUGAAUCGGGGAAUAUCAAGGACACACAUGUGCACAGACCUCCGUGGGAAGCAAGGAGACUGUCACACGCUGAACGGUUCUCCUCUGAUGGCGACAGACAGGAGUGUCCGCUGGAUUGCCGUUGCUGUGGCUUCAUUCCGUCCACGCUGCGACGACCAAACUAACCCCGGCAUCUACACGCGCGUUUCCCUCUAUCUGCCUUGGAUCCAAAAGAUCAUUCGCGGAUAAAAAUUCAAGCCAAACUCAGCACGUAAAUGGGCUAAAGAGCACGCUUUGUUCAUAUCUAUAGACGCACAGGUCUCUUGGAACAACAAUAGAUAGUUGUACAUAUGGGGUAUACAUGUACCCCAAGCAUUACCUAAAUUGCUCUGGAGCUGAUGCACCUCAUUCACUGCUUACCGCCGACGCAGACGAAGGGAAAGUAGAAAAAGUACAUACAUGUCAUGAGCUGCGCCCGCAUUCAGUUUUUGAUCUGCUGAUUUCAGUGGAUCGUUAGCAGCUGCAUAAUAUUCUAAAGGCUUACGUCGAUUAUAUCCUGAAACCAGCUGCACUCAUAGUAAGAAGACUCGCUGCAGCAUAAGGGGAAAUAAAAGGGUUUGUCUUGAAGUAGGUACUGUACGUUUUGUUUAUACUUCACCGCUUUGUUAAAAGGGAGGCUUCGCGGUUAGACGUCUAUUUGUUAGAGCUUCGAAUUUCAUUAUUAAUAUCGGUGUCGAAACUUUCCGUCGGGCGCAAUAGCUCCGUACAUAAUAUGUGUAACACACAUUAUAGAAUGUGGUGCUUUCUUACGUGCUUUGCAGUGCAGACUGUAAUAAAAAUAUGAAUCAGC